AAAUAUCAAUAACUUCUUUUGUCAGCUUGACAGGGGCCUCAUUCUAGAGUUCAGCAGAUAAGAAGAUAGAUCUGCGAUAAGUCGAAUGAUUAAAGAAGAAUGAACUACAGAAUUAUGGGGUCUUUACGUCCUCUGGUGGCUGUCUUGAUUCUGGUGUUGUCUGUGAGUCUAGUGGAUGAAGUGAUGUGCUUCCCUGACACUGAUGUCACCACAAACUGCUCAUCCACCGGCUACCCAGCUGUCCCUUGCGCUGCUCCUGCUAACACAGUGACUCUGGAUCUCUCCCACAACUACAUGGAGAGAGUACCGGCAGGCUGCUUCCCCCAUCUGCAGAAACUAAAGCGGCUCCUUCUUCAGUCCAAUCGCAUCAGCGCUGUGGACCCAAAUGCCUUUCAGCACAACCCAGUGCUGGAGUAUCUGGACAUCUCACACAACCUCCUACCACAGAUCUCUGCUUUGCCCUUCACAAGUCUUCCUGCUCUCGCAUACCUGGACAUCUCCAAUAACGCCUACAAGGACAUCAUUGUGGACAACUCCUUUGACCCACGGGGGAACCUGCGGGGCUUGAAGCUUGGCAGCUCUCAUGGUAUAACCAUCAGGAGGGAUCAGGUGAAAAGACUUGGGAAUCUUAGGCUUAAAGAGGUGCACCUUGUUGCUGGUAAAGUCAAAGAGUAUGAACCAGGAUCUCUGUCGGCCCUGAAGAACAUGGACAUGCUGACACUGGACACAGAAUACUCUGACACAGCCACACAUCUUUUGAUACUGACUGACACUUGCAACAACACAAAAACCUUAACAGUGACGAAAUUGGAUCUCACAAAAACCAAUAUCGUUUUUCCUGUGCAAGAUCUUCUGGAAAGAUCAACUUUUUCCAGGUUAAUAGCGAAAGAUUGGAUGAUUGAUGGAAUAUACUGUAAAUUGAUGCCAUACUUUCUGAAUUCAAACAUCGAGGAGUUGUAUGUAGAAAACCUUCAUGGAAAGGAUCUUUGUAACUUCACCAUUGGAACCUUCACCCGUUGUCACCUUCGAAUAUUUUCACUUAAUGGCAUUGACAAUAGGGACUUCAUGCGGUUCCGACCACAACUGACCAUAGGUAAAUUCAUGGCAUGCCUGACCGACAUUUCUGCCAUAAACAUAAGCACAAGGUUCUUCCCCUGUGAGUUAUCAGUCGCCUUGGUCAACCUGAAGACCCUUAAUCUCUCUAUAAAUGAGUUACUAGAAACCCGUGUUCUCACGGACUGUCAGUCGCCCUUCCCAAAACUCCAGUCUUUGGCAGUUGAUCAUAACAUGUUUGAGCACCUUGGGGUCCUCGGCAACAAAACUGCCCAUAUGAAAGAUCUCGUGAAUUUGACAGCGAGCUACAACACCAUUCACUUGGAGCCACAGGUAAUCUUUAUCAACUGGACCAAAAGCCUGAGGAGGCUGAAUCUCAGGGGUAAUCAGCUAACGAAUGAAGCAUUCCUGUUUCUCCCCCAAACACUGGAGAUGCUGGAUAUCAGUUACAAUAUCAUUCACACCAUCCCCAACCUCCAAAGGAUGAACAAUCUCCGAGAGCUCUUCCUCUCUGGCAACAAAAUCAUGACGCUCCACAAUGUGCUUCUCCCCUCCUCAGUGCGUCUUCUGCGUGUGGACAGAAACAACAUGAGCAUCGUCAGUGAAGCCACCAUCAGGUCUCUGAAUGUGACACAGCUGGACUUCAGUGGGAACCCGCUGCACUGUGACUGUGACACGCUGCAGUUGGCCCAGUUCUGCAGAGACUCCAGCCAGACCGAGAUCCUGGGUUGGCCCUCAAGGUACCGAUGCCAGAGCCCUGACAGUCUGAGGAAUGAGACUCUACAGCAGCUGUCUCUGCCUUGGCCGUCUUGUCAUAAGGGUCUCUGUGCUCUGAUAAUGAUUUGUUGCAUUUGCUUACCAAUAAUUUGCUAUUUGCUGUUUAAAAAGCUCCAUGGUCAGAUACCACACUUCUCCAGAGAUCUAUCUUAUGGCUCUGUGUCUUAAAGCUAGCCUAGCCUACUAUCAUGCUACAAAUGACUAGCAAGCUAACUGGUCAAGGCAUCUAGAGCUAUGCUUUGACAGCUGAUUUGCUUAAUAAUAACUUGCUAUCUUCUGUAGAAAAAGCUACAUUAUCGAAGAUCAUGCUUUCGCAGAGGUGUGUCAUAUGACUUAGAGUUUUAGGGUACCGAAUUAUUAAAAAUCUUUAGA